AUGAGCAUUGCCCGACCGACAAGAACGCCGCCUCUGGUGAAGCUAGAGGAAAGUGCGACCGACGCCGAAAAUCUUCUACACUUGGGACACGACGUUAGCGAGGCGGAUGUGGAGCUAUUGUUGAACUUUCGUAGGGAUGGUGCACAAGCAUCGUUAAUAACUAUAAUUACUACCGAAAUAAUGUGUGUGUUCUAUCGGCCAUCUCUGCUUGCAUGUGUGGCCGCACCAGUAGCUCGGGUCUCAACGCCACCCACAUCUGCAUCACGCGUGUCUAUCUCGGCGCUUCUCAACACCGAAAUGGACGACACGUCUAUGCCCACGACUACGCCCCGUUCUGUCACUGUUCGCGGCCCGGCUUCCCCACAUCUGUCUGCUUCUGGUUCACUCGUCAGUCCCUCGCAUCCCCCUCCCCUCCCACGAACCCCUUCAAGGUCGGACUCCAAGUCAUCCGUCAUGGCAGUCCUUGUAUCUUCCCAUAAACCGCAGCUUACCCUGGAGCGCAACCUGGAUAGGGAAACCAAGUCGAUGAGUAUAUCUGCCGAACCCGAAUCCGCACUCCCGUCCCCGUCGCUUGCACCCAUUCCUGCAGCUCUACCUACAUCCACACCCACCCCGACUCAGACAAUACCUGUUUCGACAUCAAGGUCUCGGGUUAACAGCGCUUUCAAACCUCCCAAAGUUGGCAAGGGUCGCGGGAGAGUCAGCAAAGGUCCCAAGAAAAGGCAAGGAAAGGGAUGGAUUAUCGAAUCUUGCACAACUUCAGGUGCACCUUCAGAAGCUGAUCCUGGUUCCGAUUCCGACCAAAUUGCUUCAAACCUGCCUACCCAAACCCCCCAAAUAGACGACAGUCGCAAGCCCAUCAUUCUCAAACAGCUACACGAAAUAUUCGAUGGGGAUUCUGACUUGACGGACCUUGAUGAUUUAGAUGACGCAUCUAGCUCAAGUUCUGGCGAAGAGGAGACUCAGGAGUAUGACCCAGGCUUGGCGGGAUUACCACCUGUCCCUGCUUCAUCAGACUCCGAAUAUGCGCCGCGGCAUGAAUUGCUGUCUAGGUCUGAUGGCGUAGCGAAGAGGGCUAGGAGAACCAGCAGGGCUAGUCUGGAUUAUGGUGCGUUCCAAUCCUCUGCCCGCCCCUCCGUCCGACUUGCAACUCGCACGCCUACAGUCAGCACCCAGAAACGCGACGGAAGAGUUAAAAAGACAAAAACCGCGGAUCAGGAGAGCGCGUCUCAACGCAAUAGGCGCGCGCCCAAGGACGCCGUUUCACCUUUUGCCUCGGGUUCUCGUUCAGUCAAGCCUAGCGCUCGUGGAAAGGCCAAGUCUAAGCCAGCAAGCUCGAGUGGAUCCAGCGUUUCCCUGGGCGAGUGGCACGAGGAUAAACCUGUCGAGAUGAGGACAACACUUCUCAAGCGCACUUUCAAGGGCAAGGGAAAAACAAAGGAGGAUAGCGGGACGUCGACGUUGACUGAGCUGACCGAAAGUUCGCCGUCGUUGGGUGGCGGGAAAUCGCUAUUGGGUUCGUCCCCGAUCCGAAGAAUGAAGGACCUCAUGAUGUCGGACGCUGCAAAUCUGUCUGCGCGUUCGGACGGUGGCGUUACUCAUGUCAGUGGCUCAGUUGGAGAGCAGAACGACGAUUCGGGAGAAGAAGAACGAUUGAGGAGGGUUCGGAAAUUCCAAGGCGCGGAUGUGGACCAGGGAUCCGAUUCGGACCAGGGUGAAUUGGACCAAGUCCAAGUUAGGGACUUUGUUUACGAAGGUCCAACUAAAAGGAGAAUGUCCGAACCUGGUCGGGGACGUGGCCAAUUGGGUGGUCCCUUGCGACGCUCUUCUUCCCCCAUCAAACCCUCGAGCUCUAUAAAACCCUCGCGCAGGCGGACGUCGGUCGAGGUCGUCAUACCCUCCAAACCCAAACGUCGAAGGUCGAGUUUCCCCGAACCAAACCGAAAUACAUCCCCCAGUCGCGCACGCCUCGUGAAAGCCGUAGUAGCCGGAAGCUCGUCGACCAAACCGCAGCAAGUUUACGUCCUAUUGCCAGAACCUGUCAACGUAUGGACAUCGGCGCUGGCACAACAUACGAGCGAAGAAUCCAGUGUAACGCCGAGCGAGGACUACUCGAUGGAAGGGUCUAAUCUGGAAGAUGCUUUGUCGAACGGGGUGACCGCCGAGUCUAGAUCCGAACAAUCUGAGGAACCCCCGCUGAAACGGGCUAAGAGUUCAACGAGCGGUAGCACUGAUGUUCGACAGGCAAAAGGAAAGGGCCGGGCCACUGGUUCUGGUCGUGGCUCGAGUCUACCCAGGGGACGUGGAGGGCGCCAACCAAGGUUGGAGUCUCGUCUAUCAGAGUCCACGGAACAUGACCGCGCAGAGAGUCUCAAUGAAAAUGAGGAUAUGCUGUCCACUAUUGAAGAGGGCCGACCUACCCGUAGUAGCAGGUCAAGAAAAGUGGCCAAAUCUGCUGACGCAGAUUCGUCUUUGGGGAUAAGACCCAAGCGGCAAGCCAAACCAACUACGCGUGCACUAGAAUCGGCUCAACAGGAAGAAGACGAAUGGGGCAAGGGUGGGCGAAUCAUGGGGACCAUGAAGAGGAGCCCUGGAGCACGGGCUUCGAAGCUUGUCGUGCACGUAGAAAAGACUCGGCCAGCGAGCGAGGAAUGGAGUGCGAAGGAGUCGAGAAGCACUGGGAAGCGUGCCGUGGCAGCAUCGGAGGAACCGAGACCUGCUAAACGCAGCCGAAAAUCUCAGGCCGGGGCUUCUUCAAGCCAUGCCUUGGUCGAACUCCACCGAGGCGACUACAUUCUUCGACCACAAAACAGGCGUUGUUGGAAUUACAACUUUGACCAGGAUAUCAUUCCUCGCUGCGUCGCGUGCAAAAAGAAGAAGUUUGGGGACACAUGCCGUUUCAUCAACGUGAGGUGGUUCCAAUUUAAAGCUCCCACUUCGGAUCCGGUUGGGGCCAAGUUUCAGUCGCCCCACGAAGAGGAUAAUCAAGAGAAAGAAGAGCCUGCAUAUCACCUGCCAUACACUUGGAAUAUAACCCCGGAGAUUGAGCAGGUAGAACGCAUGCGGCUCGGAAUCGCCCGUGCGCUUUACCCUGUGCUGAAGGAAGAGUUGGCCCACGCCAGUAAAUCGAAUGUUAUACGGCGAGCCAUUGAAAUCGAAGUGAGGGCUACGUGUGAUGUAUGCGCAACUUCCGUGUUUUCGAGCUGUCAUAUGUGUACAAGAUGUGGCCGUGAGCUCUGUGGGGCAUGCUUCCAACGGAUCGAAGAAAUGUGCCCCCUCGGUACACCUUUGGAGUAUAACGGGCCGGCAUCCAGGGAUAGACAGUUGCAUAAAUAUCGCUCAUGCUCGUGGGGACGCAUUUUCCAUCUUCCUACCGAUUUCCAGCCCGUCACUCGAUUUUCGAGGAAGGAGCUUGAGCAAACGGUCGCUGAUAUGGAAACUCUGAUAAAACAGGCACAUAAAAAUGCACCUGUGCCCGGAGAUGGAUCUGCGUCGCGUGCCUCCCAGGCGCAAAUCGCUAACUGGGCUUCUCGUGUUCCUCCCUGGAACCCAACUUCCCCUCAUGCAUCGACCGAACCUCCAGCACUCUCUUCUGCCGGUUCAGGCUCAUCCCGUGAUGUGAGCAGCCCGCGCGGUACCCCCGACCCCCUCCUGUCCACGAUGCCGACAAUCGCCUCUCCCACCAUGUCUCCAACUCACGAAGAUCAAUUUUCACCGGAAGCUGCUCCGCUACUCACCAAGCGGCCAACAGUCUCGCAUCAUGGUCGUCUAGAUCCCGCUUCCGUUCCCAGUCGUUCGCUUCACCACUUUGUGAAAGACCUUUCAGAGGAGGAAUUCAAGCCGCUUUGGGCACGUGGAGAGGCGAUUGUUGUUCAAGACCUGCUCGAUAGAUUCGAACUCGAUUGGACCCCCGAGUAUUUCAUCAGCGAAUAUGGAGAACAGCGCUGCAUGGUCGUUAACUGCGAGAAUAACAAAGACCAGGAAAUGAUAGUCAAAGAUUUCUUCGAGAUGUUUGGGAAAACCGAUCGAGAAGGAGUUCUCAAACUGAAGGAUUGGCCGGCGCAAGCAGACUUCAAAGAUGAUUUCCCCAAGCUAUACGAUGAUUUCAUGAAAGCAUUGCCAGUUCCAAAUUACACUCGGAGGGACGGUAUUCUGAAUCUCGCGGCCCACUUUGCAACAAACGCCAUCGCUCCCGACCUUGGACCAAAAAUGUACAAUGCAUUUACUUCAUCGGAAGGUCCCGGCGGCCAAGGAUCAACACGCCUUCAUAUGGAUAUGGCUGAUGCGGUCAACAUCAUGAUGUAUGCCAGUGAUUGCCCCGAUGGGUCUCCUGGAGUUGCGGCUUGGGAUAUUUUCCGAGCAUGCGAUUCUGAGAAGAUUCGGUCCUAUUUGCGAAGACACUUUAAAGAUAGGGCCAGUGAAUUCCGUGAUCCAAUUCACUCCCAAUUAUUCUAUUUGGAUAGUCAUCACCGGAAGAAGUUGUAUGAGGAAGAACACGUCUACAGCUGGCGAAUCUAUCAACGUCCUGGGGACGCUGUUUUCAUUCCCGCAGGAUGCGCACAUCAGGUAUGCAAUUUGGCGGACUGCAUCAAGAUCGCAAUUGAUUUCGUCAGCAUUGAGAAUAUCGAUCGCUGCGAAAAGCUAACGACCGAAUUCCGUAACGAAAACGACACGUUUACCUGGAAGGAAGAUGUGCUUCAGUUACGAACCAUGAUGAUGUACGCCUGGCGGUCUACGACCCAAUUAGGCGCCUGCUGGUAUUCCGAAUUGGCAAAAGGGCAGGAAGGAGAGAGCUCAGAUUCGUCUCUUUCAGCAGAUUCUUAA